AUUUUCAAAAACAAUGACAUUCGCCUCGUCUCGUCAGCACUGCAGCCCAAUAACAGCAUACCUCAUACAAAAACCAAAAAAAGAGGGAUGGUAAUGGGAAAAUGUUGAUGAUGAUGAGAGAUGAAGAUGAUUGUGCAGUGCAGUGGCAGUAGAAGUCGAGUUGGAGAGUUAACAGAGGCAGAGCAGAAUCAACAAACUAUAACUGCAUCUCUCUUCCACUCAUUAAAUCUGCAAAAUACCAAAUUCGCCCCGAAUUCACUCUAUCCCCUUUUAACCAACUUUGCUGUUGCUGCUAUGGUACCGCUGUUGAAGAUGAGGAAAAGUGGUGGAAAUGGAAAUGUUGACGGUGGUGAGGUGGUGUGGUGAUGGUUCGUGGUGCUUCGCAUGGUUCUACAAUAAUUCUACAUACGGGGCGCAAAAGAGGCACACAAACAAACAGAAAACACCACCGACAGACCGACAGCUACAACUCUACGCUCUACAGCAAUAGCAACAACUACAGUUCAUAUUCAUUCUCAUCGACGUCUCGCAGUCGUCUUCGCCUUCGCCGUCACCGCUCACCGUCAUCAUCAACAAAUACAAAGCCAAACAGAAACAAACUGUGAAACCAACCAUGCUGUGCAUCGCCUUCGCCUUCGCCGUUGCUGUUGCCGUUGCCUUUGCCGUCGUCGUAUCGUAGUUUUUCUUGUACUUUGCUGCUCAAUGUCUGUCGUGUCGUGUCGGUGUUUUGUGUGCGCCUCCAUUGAUUAUCAUUGCUCGAGUGAAAUUUCAGUUUCAUUUUCGCUUUCCGAUAGAUCAGUUCGUUCCAGAAACACACUUAAAUAAAAAUUCCGACAAAAACAAAAAUAAAAAGAACUCCAUCGGUUUUUUAAAAAUAAAUUUAAACAAAACACAAAAAUAAUAAAAAUAAAAAUUACCUUUUAACCGUUUUUUAAAGGAGGAAACACAAUUUUUGUAUACUAUCGAAAUUUUGUUACAAUUUCUAUUUUAUUUGUAGUUUCUCUCGUCUUCUUCAUUCUACCACCGCACCACACACAAAAUCUCACCACCACCCUCUUUCAAAAAAAAAGAAUUAAAUUUUGCAACUGCUGCGAGUGCAACAAAUUAAAAGAAGAGUGUUAAACAAAAACGAUUUUUGUUGUUUUCCUUUUUUUUCAAAUUAAAUCAAAUAAAUAAAUGAAAAUAAAAUGAAAUGUUUGUUACUAUAAAAAUUUAACGGUAUUAUCUUCCUUCCCUGUAAAAUAUAAACAAAAAACAAAAAAAACAAAAUAAAAAAUAAAGAAAAAUUAAAUAAAAUAAAACAAACAAAAUUGAAACAAUUCUUUUUUAUACGUACCUACUCCUUGUCCCUCUACAAUUUUUGUAUAUCCACCGUAAAAAUAUACAAAAAAUUUAUAAAUGUUUAAAAAUCAAAUUUAAACAAAACAACAACAAAAAAAUGUGUAAAUAAAUAAACAAAAGUUAAAAGAAGAAAAGAAAAACAAAACGCGCGUAGUGAACGAUCGAUUUUCUUUCUAGAAGUAGUGAGCAACAACUUUACCUCAGGAAAUUUUUUUAAAAAGUAAAAUUUUUAAAAAAUUAAACCAAACAAAAAGAAAAUUAGCAAAAUAAAAUAAAAAAUAUUUGUUGUUUUUUUUUUUAAACAUCUACAAAAACUGACAUAGUUAUGUUCGAUCACAGAUGAUAAGUGCAGUCGUCCUUGUCGUAGUUGAAAGGCGAAGUAGAAGAGUAAAAGAAGAAAAAGAAAAAUUUAAAACGAAUCAAGAUAAGAAAAAAAGUGAAAACUUGAGUGAGAGUGAGAAAAAAUAUAAAUUUAGUUAAAUUAACAACUAAACAACAACAACAUAAAAGAAUAUUUUAUACAUAAUUAUCAUAUAUUAUUUUUUUUUGAGAAAUAACGGUUUAAAAAAACUACGAAAAUAGCUACCUUAACGGCAUAUCAUCCGCUGCUCCUUAUGGCGCCGCGAAGGAACAAUUUAAGCAAUCAUCACACGACGUCAUCGACGCUAACCCCAACACCACCGCCACCACCAUCUUCAUCAUCAUCAUCGUCGUCAUCACCAACUGGACUAUCCUCUUCCACGAACACGACGACAACUGGACCAUCAUCCACAUCCACGGUUGAUGUCCAUAAUCUUCUUGGUUUGACAGUAGUUGGUCUAGGAGGUGGAUUAGGAAUCGGAGUUGGAAUUGGUGGUGAUCAAUUUCAAGAAAAUCAUUUGACCAUCGACAGCGGUAAAAUUAUUGCAUCGCCAGUAUUAUCCGAAUCAUCAAUUACUUCUUCCUCAUCAUCGUCGUCGUCCUCGUCAUCGUCAUCAGCAUCGACAUCAUCAUCUACAAUAUCGCUUAUGAUGUCUCCAACUCGCGAAACUACUUACAUCCGAUGUUGUGUACCAACUGGCGAUUGCUUCAAGAUGAGCUCGUCAAGUCCAGACUAUGGUCUGAUCUCGAUGGAAAAUCUAAGUGAGUGCAUUCGUGUGAUUUGCAAUAAUGAGAGUUGUUCGGCAGGACAGUAUAUGCAUCGGGAGUGCUUCGAGUCGUGGGAGCAGUCGGUGUUGAUAACCCUCAAGACAAUUGGCAGGGCUCGUUCGUGGUCGGAUCGCCAGAGAUUGCAGAAUUUAUGGACUAAGAAGGGCUAUGAUUUGGUUUUCAAAGCGUGCGGAUGCAAGUGUGGCCGUGGACACAUCCGCAAGGAUCUCGAUUGGACACCACCACCACCUACUAAGGCCUCUCACAAUGGGGUCUACUUGAAUAAUCGCGCCUCCGAUGAGGAAUCAACCAAAAAGAAGAAGAAACGCAAUCGCAACCAAAAGCCUUCCCUAUCGCUAACCACAAUCAAUCCGGGUAACUAUCAUCCCAAUACCCAAACUCCAUCGAACAACCAUCAACAAUCAUCGACAAACGGUAAUGUGGGUGUCAUUGGAAAUGGUCUAAAUAAUUCAACAAACAACACCACCAAUGGUAAUGGCGUCGUUGGCGGUGGGUCUAUGGAUUUGCGAACACGCACUGGAAGUUUAUCAUCGAGCAGUGGCACAACAUCGCCACCAGUUUCAGCUUCAAGUGAAUCAAGUGCAUCUCCAGUCCAUCAUCAUCAGAUCAAUCAGAAUCAGAAUAAUAAUUCAAAUACAAUUAACAGCAACAAUAUCAUUUUAACCAAUCCAAUUCAAUCAAAUAAUAAUUCGAAUAUGAUGAUUAAUAAUAUGAAUAAUAAUAAUAAUUCAAAUGGAAAUUCAAAUUCAAAUGUUGUUAUCAAUAAUAACAUAAAUAAUAAUAUUAAUAACGGUAUUGUCAAUAAUAACAGCAAUCUAAUGAUAACCAAUGGAAAUUUAGCACCGGGAAGUAAAUUAAAACAAUUGUCACCAAUCGAACAACAACAAAUUGUCCAACAACAAAAGAAUAAAGAAGUUGAACUUUAUUCUGAAAGAGUUCGCUCAACAUCAGGGUGCAAUGGUAUAUUUUCGCGUCGUUUGGAUUUUUCAUCAUUUAAUUUGCUGCCAAAGACACGAUUGAAUUCCUAUCAAGUUAAGAUUGAGGACGAAGGAAACCAUGGCAACGAUGAAACACGUCUUUUUAUUCUAUCAUCAUUGGCACAAAGUCAAAUGAGUCGAGUUGCAUGUAUUUUAUGCGAAGAACCAAUGUUGGUAUUUGAUCGUUAUCCUUUGGUUGAUGGUUCGUUCUUUUUGAGCCCAAAACAACAUUCAGCUGGAUGCAUUGAGGUGAAAUAUGAAGGACGUUCUCUCUUCCUUACCUGUGUUUGCAUGGGUUGCCUUGAUGGUUCUUCAUCAGGACGUAUUAUCAGUUGCAGAUUCUGUGGCGAAUUAUGGGAUGGUUCGAGCCUGGUUCUUGGCACAAUGUAUGCCUAUGAUAUAUUUGCUGCAAUGCCGUGUUGUGCUGAACGUCUCAAGUGCAAUACUUGUUUAAAACUACUUCUUCAUCCCCAACAACGAUUGAACUUCUUCAGCGACUACUCGCACUGUGUCACAUGCCCAUAUUGUGCCACUCAGGACACCCACUUCGUCAAGCCCCUCGGCUACUGCUACACCAAAUCUGUCAGCAAGUUCGGGUUAAACCUCGCAUAACAUGAGGCCCCGUUGGAGUCUCCAAAUGGCACAGCGGUCACCAACUCAAAUACCAUAACAACAUCAUCAUCAUCAUUAUCGGUUGGGACUCCUGGCGGGGCAUCGUCAUUAAAAAAAGCUAUUUCACUCUAUUCACCAUUGAUCGAUUAUUCGGCACCAUUACUGCAACAGACACCAGAUACCAAUAGCAGUGCCAUCAAUCAGAUAACCUUGCAACAGCAACAACAACUGUUGACCCAGGUAAGACACCAUCGAUCGGUUGGGGUAAACAUCAUGCCCCAACAAACCCAAACAACACCACCUCCAACAUCAUCAGGAGCUGCAGCACAACAAAAUCUAUCUUCAACUCUUACAACAAUCACCAAUGGUAAUCAUCAUCUACACAAUCAGAACAACAACAACAACGGCAACACCGGAAACUCUACAAACCUCAACGAAUGUAGUAAUAAUUUUAUGAAUUCUGUAGUCCAUGAAUUGAAUGCAAUUAAGUUAAUAAGCAAUAAUAAUAGCGCAUCAGGUGUAAUAGGUCAGAACAGCCAUCCCACCAAUACUGCUCUGAAUAUCAACUGUCGCACGGCCAAUACCGUCGAUCACAGCUUGCUAUUCGGAAUGCAAAAUGGUGGCGGUGGCCUAGGGGUAGGCGAUUCCAAUAACAGUAUUAGCAUUUUAAGUAGCAACAACUCUUCUUGCAAUAAACCACACAGUAACACUAACAAUUUAUGGGGCCAAUUGCCAACGGCCAAUAAUAAUAAUAAUAUUAACAAUAACACAACCCAACUAUUGUACAAUCAGACAUCAGCCACCAACAUUUCCAACCUUUGGGGAUGUGCACCCUCAAAUGCCACCCCUUCCUCAACAUCCACAUCCUCAUCCUCGGCUGUAUCGAACAACAAUAUUAAUAAUAACCAAAUUAACGGCAAUAUAAAUAAUAAUAGUAAUAAUCAAAUCAACUCCCAUCCAUCCCUCAGUCCCAUUUCCUCGUCGUCUGUGCGCUCGUCCCAAUAUCACAGCGCCAGCAGCCAUCGUAGCAAUAGCAAGGAAUCCCUCUGGACCUCAAGUCAGUCCUCGCCAAAUAGCAAUCUCAGGGAAAGUUUUUAUUCUAUUAAGAGCAAUGAUUCGCCAACAUCAUCUAACACCUCAUCAGCUGGAUCGACAUGUUCUUCUUCGAAUGGCGGUAAUAUGGGAGGAGGAGGCGGAGGCGGAGGCACUUCAGUGUCACAAAACGGAAACCUAUGGGAGGGUCCUCUGAUGGGCUCUUCGUCGUCAUCGAAGCUCACAAUGGACGCAGCAACAUCCUAUGCCAGUCAAUUGAACAAAAUCAGCAACAUUUGGGAGAUACCAAAUCCUGCAUCAAAUGUUGCCAAUCUAUGCAAUCCUAAGCCACAUAAUAUGCAGCAACAACACCAACAGCAACAACAUCAACAACAACAUCAGCAGCAGCAACAGCGCAACGGAAACUGUUUAAAUUCAUCAGCAUCGCAAUUUUUAGGACAAUCACGCGAUUUGCUAUUCAAUGAUCUCUGGGGCAACACCGACAAUUGCUCUGCAACACUCAAUUCCUCCGACCACCAUCAACAUCAGCAGCAGCAACACAAUCAGUACGCUGUUGGUAAUGUUGCCGGUGAUAGUAAACUUCAAAGUGAUACAAUUGGUUCAAUCUGGCGUACAACAGCAACUCCAUCUAUCGGCAAUGGUGCUCAUCACCAGCAAAAUGUCAUGGUCAAUCGCAACAAACCAUCAUCAUCGGCAGCAACAUGUGGCCAGAUAAACAAACAAAAUCAACAGCGACCAGUUAUCGGUGCAAAUGCUAGUUUCUUCACCAAUGCCACUGAUCCAUCCAACGGAAACGCCUCCUCCCAUUUGUCAUCCGCAUCCUCAGCAGCAGCAGUAUCAGGAACUGCUCCAGCAUCAUCAACGGCGGCGGGAAGCUCCUCGUGUAUGCAACUUUUUUCCGAGGAGUUCCUCAAUUAUCUUAAUAUGAUUAAUUAAACAAAAAGAUUAGCUAAUUUUUAUUUUUUAUUCUUCAAUAUAUUGAAAACAUAUACAUAUAUACAUCUUUUUAUAUAUAUAUAUAAAUGUAUAUGUAUAUAUAUAUAAAACUACAAAAAUUUAUAAACUAAUUUUAAUUGUGAGUUUAGUUGAGUUUAGUUUAUUUUAUUUUUGUCCGGCAUUUUUUAUAGAUUU